AUGCUGAGCAGGAUUUUCUUCGCUUGUGUCUUUCUCUGUCUGUGCUGCGCAUGCUCCCCGCUGAGCUGCAGGUGGAUGGACCAUAAAUUCAGACAGUACAGCGAAAACUCCUUAAAUCUACUGGAUAUGAUGGCAUACCAUUACGUCAAUCAGGAUGCUGGGGUGAACAGUGUGCCUUUCCCUCAUCAGCUGUACAAUCAGGCUUAUAGAGCAUCUGCUGAGGGUAGAUUUGCCUUCACAAUUCAGAUCUUGAAGGAGGUUUGUGCCCUGUUUGAGGAAGAUGACAGCUCUUCAUCAUGGCAGGAGAUCACAGUGGAGCACUUUCUCAACGUUGUCAACAAACAGGCUGAUGAGCUUCAGCUCUGUGUUGGAAAUGAAAACAGACCAAACAGGAGGCUGCAAGCAUAUUUUAAGAGGCUCUCACGUACUGUGUUUGAACAACUGGGUCACAGUGCUGAAGCCUGGGAGCUGAUCCGGAGAGAAAUUAAAGUCCAUCUACUCAGAGUGGACCAUCUGGUUUCUUCUCUGUUUACCUCCAACUGA